ACUGUGGGUUUGUCGAUUCUCCAUCAAGGCCGUAUCCAUAUUGACGUACUACCGUGGGCAUGUGGAUAAUAUCAAGAUACCGAUAAUAUUAUCUUACCUGAAAAUCUGUCAGGACUAAAAGUAAUUCUUCAAUCAAGUGAUUAAUUCCUUCCUUCCAUUCAUUCAUUCAUUCAUUCAUUCAUUCAUUCAUUCAUCCAUUCUGAUUCACUUAUUCAUUUACUCAUUGUUAAAUGUGGGCCCUGUUUCACCGGUGAUAGCAGCACCCUGCUAUUCCAUUUUGCGAGCUGACAGUUCAGUUCAGUUCAGUUCAGUUUAUUUUGGUAACCAAGGACAAGAAACCGGAGAAAAUACCUAAUCGCGGAUCGGCGCAAAAGCAAAAUGCUUAAAUUAAAGCGCAAAACAUAAACACAAAUAGACUCACAAAAAGGAAAUAUUUGCAUGAAAAUGAAGUGCAAAAUAAGACCACCUGGCAACAGGUCACAAUGGCCCCGCCAGCAGCCCGCCGUGCAGCCCUCCGGACAUAGUCACCACUCACCAGAUUGAGUCAGGUCAAGGUAUUUUGAUUUAUGGAAGAUGGAGGCUCACUUACUACCAUUGCUGCUGGCAGUGAUGAUUUUCCUAAGACCAGCACCUGUCAGCAGCCAUGACAUCAGUGAGUCAGUGCUGGGCUCUUUCCGCCACUUUCUGCCAGCAGCGUUUGGCGACUACAAUGGAGACAAACAAACGGACCUCUUUGUGCUGGACAUGGACCGAAAAGGCCUGGAGAUCCUCCUAGCGCAGCGAUCCGAGACCCCUAUGAUGCGCCGCAGUGGCAUUCACUGCGUUUAUCCCGACCUAGUGAUUGAGUCGGUGGUGCCCAGCGACUUUGAUGGCGACGGCGCCAUGGACGUUCUCGUUGUCACUCGAGAGGCGACUGUAGCACCGCCCACGCACGACCUGACCGCCUUUGUGCUCUGGGGCGACACGCAUAACCUCAGUUGUGCACGGAACGAGUCGCUGAACAUCCUCCUUCGCGGCCAGCCGCUGGCGGUUGAUUACAACGGAGACAUGGUGACCGACCUCUUUGGUCAAACCCGUAACGGCUCUCGCACGUUCUGGCUGUUCGGGCGGGACCGGCACGUGAGGAGGGUGGUGCUCGACCACGCCGACUCUGCGCCGCUGCGGCUGCCCAGCUCCAGCGCCUUUGUGGACGUCACCGGCGACCUGACAGCUGACCUGGUCAUCGCCACCGAGUCAGGCUACGAGACCUGGGUGCACUCCGACGCCGGCUGGACACUGGAGAGGACCAUUGCCCUUCCGGCCGGUGCUAAGAUUGUUGGUCAGUCGGCUUUCUUCGACGUAGACUCGGACGGAACAAUAGAGCACCUGGUGCCGGUCUGUUUCGACUCUGCGUGUACCAACAGCUCACUCCUCAUAGCUCGCCACAACGGAACGUGGACAAACAUUCUACUGGAAACGGAAGAUUCUGUCCAUGGCAAAUGGGGCUUUAUACCUCCACGCGAUGACGUCUACCGCGAGUCAAUCACUCCGCGCGUCGGGGACUACAAUCUGGACGGCUUCCCGGACCUUCUGAUAUCGCUGGAGAGCAAGGACGGCCAGGUGGCUCCCCACCGGACGUUCCUGCUCAGCAGCGUGCCGUGCGACUCUCAGCCGGCGUGCCGCUUCCCCCGCGGCUUCCGCGCUGAGUGGAGCACGUUCGCCGGCUAUCCCGACUCCCCCGCGGCCGCCUUCUACGACAUCAGCGACGACGGCCUCCUGGAUGCCUUCGUGGUCCAUCGCGUUGAUGGCGUGUAUACUGUAUCCGCCGAGCGUAACAGCGCGGAUUACGACGCUCUCUUCCUUAAGGUCAUAGUGCUGGACGGUGGAUGUUUCAGCAACUGCAGUUACGGUAUCCACAUACCGUAUGGUACGAACAAGCCGGGGCCGGCGAUGCGCGGACGUAUGACGUUGGUGGACGGCUCGCUGUGGUCGUUUGCCGCCGCCCAGCUGUCUCGCAGCGGUCACCACGCUCUACAGCUCCCCUACACUGUCCUCGGGCUGGGACGAAGUCCAAAUUUCGUGGACGACCUCGUGAUUGGGGUUCCUCGUGUGGCGCACGUCGAGUCGCCGUUGACCCAGCAGUGGACGCAGCUUAUUCCCAACUCACAGAUGAUUGUGGUGCCCCAUCCUCCCGAGGAGCCGUCACACUGGGUGAGCAAGCUGUACGUCACCCCGGGACAGACGAUCCUGGCCACGCUGAUAGCGCUGCUGGGAACCCUGGCGUUGACGCUGCUGGUUAUUGGCCUGCUGCACUGGAGGGAGAAGAGACAGGACCGACGGGAAAGGAUGCAGGAGGCACACCGGUUCAACUUUGACGCCAUGUGAACAGUGCUUUGUGACGUUUGCAAAUAGGACGUCCACCAAUGUGAUGUUAUUUAGCGGGGAUAGUCCAAUCAGUGUUCAUAAACCGGAACAUUCGUAACGACAGAAGACUGCUCACGAGAGCUUCUGAGGUACGACUGUGCUCUCGGAUGGCCUUAUUUCAUCGUGAUGAGUGAUACCCAAGGACCAGGACAUUUGCGAGAAUUUCCUGAUCGAUGACUGUACGCUGCUGGGGUGGAGAGCUAAUUUACGUAUCACGGAUGAUCGUAUUUAUCCGCUAAAUCCCGGCGAAGGCUUCCAGAGUAGGUUGACAGCGCGUGAUUGGAGUGAUUUCCGGAUGUGAAUGGUGACGUCGGAUAGUAUUCGCUCUCUUUAAGUGGUAAGAUGCUGCUAGUCCUGGUACGUUGCUAACUAUUUGCUUGCCAUUGCUCCUGUAGAGGCAAUCUUCGUCUCACUAAAAUGGUUAAAAGUGUUUGGAUUGCCAGGGGUGUGCCAUUUUGGCUAUAUUUUGAGCGUGACUGGAAUUUAGUCGGGUGAAUGUGUGUGUAGAGGGGGGGGGAGGGGUCACUGGUCGUGCUUUGACGCCACAUUCAUUAGCUGCUUCAGUACCUAUCGUAUGUGCUCAUGUUGCGGAGAAUGUCUAAUGUUGCGUGUUAUGACUAUCAAGGGAUAUCGAGAGUUGUAGAGCUAGUCCAUUUUCUGGUGAGGAGCGCUGGGAACCCUGUUUUUAUAGGAGCGCCGGUCCAAGUUGAAGAAAUUAGCGGGGAGUCUUAUCAAUUGUGCGUAGGCUUAUCUAAAGGUCUUUCGUUCGUUUUGUUUAAUCAAAAUCAUAGAAUGCAUACCUAGCCGCUGCGUUUUCGGCGACGUAUCCACAUGACGUUCCUUGUUGGAGAUAGUCGGAAGUAGGUAUGUUAUUCACCGUCGUUUCUGUGUUUGCACAAUGCUUGGUUUAACAAGGCAAUAUUUAUUUGGAUGUUUAUUCAUAGUGUAUGAUUUAGUGGCGUCUCUGUGUAUAGUACCUAUAGGGUGAGACGUGCCUCGCUUUUGUUUGUGGGCUGCGAAAUAUAUCAUGUUGUACACUU